AUGCCGAUCGUCUACGCCCUCGUGUCGCGUGAAAAGACCGUGCUGGCCGAGUACACCGCCACGUCGGGCAACUUCCCCACAGUCACGCGCGUGCUGCUCGCCAAGAUCCCUCCGAGUGACGGCCGCAUGUCGUACGUGUACGACCGCCACCUGUUCCACUACAUUGUCGAGGCCGGCGUCACGUACUUGUGCAUGGCCGACGACGAUCUCAAGCGCCGCGUGCCGUUCCUGUUCCUGGACGACCUCAAGAAGCGGUUCCAAGAAGCGUACGGCGCCCGCGCCUGCACCGCCAUCGCCUUUGCCAUGAACAGCCAGUUCCAGCACGAGAUCCGGCGUCUGCUCGAGUACUACAACGCGCACGACCCGGACGCGGACUCCUCGCUCGCGCGGGUCCGGCAGCAGAUUGACGACGUCAAGGACAUUAUGGUCGAGAACAUUGACAAAGUCCUGGACCGCGGCGAGAAGUUUGAGCUGCUCGUGGACCGCACGGACAAACUCCACCGCCAGUCGGUCAAGUUUGAGCGCUCGUCGACGCAUCUGCGCCAGUCGAUGUGGCGACGGAACGCCAAGCUCUGGCUGCUGCUCGUGGCGGUCGCACUGUUUCUCGUCUACCUCGUCGUCUCGAUGGCCUGUGGCUUUGACUUUAGCGGCUGCUCGGGCAAGCGGGACGACGUCUGA